AGUAGGGUUGUGUGUUACGUUUACGUAGCUGCUGAUGAAACGCAACAGACUGUCGUCGCCCAUGUCUUCUCCAACGAUUCUCCCGACGGAUCUCAUAAUAGAAAUCCUAUCAUGGCUUCCAGUGAAGUUUCUCGUGAGAUUCACUUCCGUUUCCAAACUAUGGAAAUCACUCAUCUUUGAUCCAUCAUUCACAAAACUCCACCUUCAAAGAUCACCAAAAAAUACUCACGUCCUAUUUACCUUACACGAAUCCAUCAAUGACGUUGAUACUUGGGUCGUAGCUCCUUACUCACUGCGUGAUUUACUCGAACAUCCCUCGUCCACUGUGAGCGAAGACGAGUAUCUCCGUUUUAACAACAACACUUAUUAUGUUGUAGGUUCUACCAAAGGCUUGGUGUGUUUGAUGGAUGAUAAUUCACAACAAGAUGGAAGUAGAGAAAUUUGGUUUCAGUUCUGGAACCCUACAUUACGAUUAAGUUCCGAAAAGUCACCAACUUUGAUUGUCAAGCCUAAUGCUCGGUUGUCUGCCGAUGUGCACUGUGGAUUCGGCUAUGAUAAAUCUAGUGACACAUUCAAGGUGGUGGCUGUUUUUUGGAAUAGUACAACCCAGAAAAUGGAUGGGAGAGUUCAUUGCAUGGGCAAUAAUUGUUGGAGAAAGACCCUUGCUUGCCCUGACAUCCCAACUCUACUAGGAACUCUUAUUGGACAAUUCGUUAAUGGUAGUCUUAACUGGUUAGCACUUAACAAUCUAAAUUGUCAUCAGUAUAAAUGGGAAAAUGUUACUAUCAAACAAUUAGUUAUUUUUUCGCUUGAUCUGCGGAAGGAGACAUGUAAGUAUAUAUCGCUGCCUGAUGGUUUUGUUGAAGUGCCUGAAGAUGAACCAACUCUUGUUGUUUUGAGAGGUUGCCUAUGUCUUUAUUAUGAUCACAUGAAAACCCAUUUUGUUUUGUGGGAAAUGAGAGAAUUUGGAGUUCAAGAGUCUUGGAUUCGGUUGGUAAAUGUUAGUUACGUACAUCUUCAAUUUAAUAAUUUUGCACCUGAUGAUGUGCUGCCAGUGUGUUUGUCCGAAAAUGGUGACCUCCUUUUGAUGGCUAACAAAGUAAAAGUUGAUGUUAUUAAGUAUAAUAGUAGUGAUGAUAAAGUUGAAUAUAUUCAACUUCCCAACAACCAAAUUUGGUAUGCCGAUGAGCAUAUGCAGAGCUUGGUUUUGCCUAGUCCUGGUCCACAUAAAGGUUUGUUUUUCUGAAUUGAUGUUAGAUUUUGUAACUGGCGUGUUUACUGUUGAUGGUUACUAAAUUAUGUUUUCUUUGGAUAGUUUCACUAUUUUGAUAGUUGU